AUGAAUUUUGACAAGAUGCGGAAGGAAUCAAAGAUACCGGUUAAUCAAUCUAUUUACUGCACGCGAGAAGGUUAUCGAGAGUCUAGGGUGAACGCAGCAACUCGAGCAAACAGAAUUACAGCCACGAGAUGCAGAGCAAGGAUAUAUGUCAUGCUGAAUAGGGAGAAGAAAAGUUGGGUUGUGUCUAAAUUAGAAUUGAGGUAUUCUCACCCCUGUUUGGCUAAGAAAGUUGUCCACUAUCAUCAGUACCAGGAGUUGACCAUGCAAGCUAAGUGCGUCAUUACAUAUAACGACGAGGCUGGAAUAAGACCUAACAAGACGUAUCUAACACUAGCAAACGAGGUUGGUGGGUCCUCAAACCUUGGUUUUUCAGAAAAAAAUGUCAGAAAUUACAUCACAAGCAAUCUCCGAUGCUUCGAUGACAAUGAGGACUUCCAGGGGAUGAUGAAUUAUUUCGUUCGAAUGAAGGAGAUUAAUCCCAACUUCUUUUAUACCAUAGAUGUUGACGAUGCUAAUAAAUUUAGGAGCGCACUAUGGGUAGAUGCAAGGUGCAGGGCUUUAUAUGAAUAUUACGGAGAUGUGGUGUCGUUCGACACCACUUACAGAAGAAACAGGCAUGGUUUGCCGUUUGCAUCCUUUGUCGAUGUAAAUCACCAUGGAAAGUCUACUCUUCUUGGCUGUGCUUUACUUGGGAGCGAGGAGAUCCCUAGUUUUGAGUGA